AUGACGGACAACAAGAACGCGAAUGAGCUCCUGCAGUGGGGCUUGCGCAACGCACCCGCGCGUCCCGACGGAUCGUCUUCCGUAGCCGAGGUAUCUGAAGCCAUUGCGCAGGGCAGACGCCCCGACUUGGCCGACCCUGGUUUGUUUGACGCCCUGAUGGGCAAGAGCGAGGCGCAGAUGAUGAGGGAGGAGCUCGCUGUCGGUUCAGAUACACGCAGGUCUGUGGAAGACCGCACCACCGCGCUGGACAAUUUUGAGAUGCUGAUUGAGACGGUGGACAAUGCAAACAACAUGCAGAACAUGAACAUGUGGCCGGCGGUGGUGCACUUGCUACAAGAGCCUACGCCUGCCAUCCAGCAGGCCAGUGCAUGGAUCGUCGGCACGGCCGUGCAAAACAACGACAAGGGCCAAGUUGCCGCGCUCGAGCACGGCGCACUCGCACGCUUGCUCGAACUCCUGUCCUCGCCCAGCAAGGACGUGCGGAAUAAGGCCAUGUACGGCAUCGGCGCCAUGAUCAAAAACUUUCCCUACGCCGCCCUCCAAUUUUCCGAGCUGCAUGGCUGGGACGCGCUCCAUGCUGGACUGCUCGAUUCGAGCAUUGCUGUGCGCAGCAAAGUAGCUUUCCUCUUGAACCAGCUCCUCAGCGAGGACGCCAGCCACGCCGUUCCCAACACACACUCCGCGCCGCCUACAAGCGACGCGCACGCUCCUUUGGAAAAAGGCCCAGCAACGCUCCAGUUUUCUGCACCCGCGCCCGACGUAGCCAAGGCGAUGGUCGAUCACCGUAUUCUCGACACGUUGCUCGCCUCGGUCCUGCCCAACGCAACACAGGCUGCGGCAACGUGUGAUGGGGAGCCCACACGCAGCUACUUGGACUAUGCUGGAAAGGCCGUCCAAACUCUCGUCACGUACUCCGCCCACGCACCCGUGCCGAGAGAAGCAUUCCAGGCGCUCCUCGCAGAGCUCGACGCUGCGCCCUCCGCGUCCGAGCCAGGGAUUGCCUCGCGCGCUGCAGAACUCGGCAUAGAUAACGCUGCGUUGGACACGCUGCGCAGCGCGAUUGCAUAA